UUCUCAUCGGUUGAAAAAAACAAUGCUUUCAUGGAGGAUCGCGAAGAUCCGGGCAGUUUCGGUAUGCCCAUCUCGAUUUUAUUGUCUGUUUCGUGGGGUUUCUGGUGAUGCUGCUCCAUCUGAAGUUGAUUUGGGGUAUAGUUUAAUGGGCAAGAUUAUUGUCUCUCAUGCUAGAAGAAACCUCAUUGUGCUAUCUGGCAACAGUAGUCGCGUCAGGUUCGAAUCAAGGUAUUCCCAUAAAGCAGAAUCAUUUUCCACCGUCGCAGGAUCUAUAUUAGUUCAGCCAAAGGAUCCUGCGAAACUCAAUGAGGAGAUUCAGAUUGCUGUUGAUGAACGUAGAUGUGAUGAUGCCUGGAGGCUGCUCGAACUAUACAUGCAGACGGAAGGAUACCCUCCAAAAUCUGUUGUGAACAAUGUUUUGGUAUGUUUUGCUGAAAGCCUUGAUUCCAGUUGGCUAGAAAAGGCGUAUGGUUUGGUAGAACGUUUCUUCGAGGAGAGUAAACAGAAUUUGCUGGAAAAGGAACCUCUUAUAUAUCUGUCAUUGGCUCUUGCCAAGUCGGCCAUGGUGGUUCCUGCAUCGACAAUAUUGAGAAAGUUAGUGAAAACAGAACAGUUUCCUCAUGUGAAUGCUUGGUCAGCAGUAUCGGCUUUCAUGUCGCUUACAGGCCCGGGAGCUUAUCUUUCCACCGAGUUGGUUCUUGAGAUUGGUUACUUGUUCCAGAACAACAGGAUCAAUCCCCGUAACAAAAGUAAUGCACCUUUGCUUGCAAUGAAGCCUAAUACCUUUGCUUUCAACACUGCUUUGGCUGGUUGUUUGUUGUCUGGGACGACACGAAAAGCUGAACAACUUCUAGAUAUGAUGCCAAGAAUAGGUGUAAAAGCCGACCUGAAAUUAUUGAUUGCGAUGGCUCGGCUCUAUGAAAGAAAUGGGCAGAGAGAAGAACUGGGAAAGCUUCAGAGAUAUAUAGACGAUGCUUGUAACCUAAAUGAAUCUCAGUUUUGGCAGUUCCACAAUUGCUUGUUUCUGUGGCAUCUGAAAUCUGGGGAUCUCGACUCUGCUUCGAGAUUGAUUCUGGAAAUGCUAAGAAAGGGAAAGAUGGCUCGGAAUUCACUUGGGACCGCCAUUCUUGGACUGGACACUGUGAAUGGUAGAUCAAAUCCUGGAAAAGUUGCUGGAGAAGGAACAAAAGUACCCGAUGGUCUCAAGAGUCGAGCAUUUUCUACAAACAGUAUGAUUUCAUACGAAGAGUUCUCUAGAGAUAGAAAUUUCUUGAAACUUGAAGCUGAGGCAAAGGAUGUUCUUUGUUCUUUGUUGGCUAAGUUGCAUCUGCAAGUUGAGUUGAUUACCCCAGAAUAUGGUACUCUCCAGCCAAGUGAAGGAAUUUUUGUGAAAUUAGCAAAAGCUUACUUACAAAGUGGGAAGAUAAAGGAUUUGGCUGAGUUUUUGAAGAAGGCGGAACGUGAAGAUGCCCCUGUUUCCAGUGAGAACUCAAUGCUGAUUAACAUUAUCAAUUCAUGUAUUUCACUGGGAAAGUUAGAUCAGGCCCAUGAUCUUCUCAAUGAGAUGCGUAUGACUGGUGCAAGAACCGGCGCUUCUGUAUACUCUUCUCUUAUGAAAGCUUACUGCAAAACAGAUCGAACGAGAGAAGUGACAUCACUCCUGAGAGAUGCUCAGAAAGCAGGGAUUCAGCUAGACUCAAGCUGUUAUGAAGCACUAGCCCAAUCUCGGGUAAUUCAGAAAGAUAAUCUCGGAGCUCUUAGCCUAUUCAAAGAGAUGAAAGAGCAGAACUCACCGAGAGAGGGAAAUCAACAAUUCGAGAGGCUGCUCAAGGGAUGCGAGGGAAAUGCAGAGGCAGGACUAAUGUCAAAACUCUUGAGGGAAAUCAGAGAAGUGCAGAGUUUGGAAACCGCAGUUCACGAUUGGAACAACGUGAUCCAUUUCUUUAGCAAGAAGGGGUUGAUGCAAGAUGCAGAGAAGGCCCUGAGGAAGAUGAGAAAUCUCGGGCAUUCCCCGAAUGCUCAGACCUUCCAUGCAAUGGUCACAGGGUAUGCUGCCAUUGGAGGUAAGUACAAAGAGGUAACGGAGUUAUGGGGAGAGAUGAAAUCGAAAGCUGCUUCGAUGAAGUUUGAUCAGGAACUGCUGGAUUCAGUUCUGUAUACAUUUGUUAGAGGAGGGUUCUUCGCAAGUGCAAACGAAGUGGUGGAGAUGAUGGAGAAAGGAGAUGCGUUUGUUGAUAAGUACAAGUACAGAUCACUCUUCUUGAAGUAUCAUAAGACACUGUACAAGGGGAAGGCACCAAAGAUCAAGACAGAAGCAAAGGUCAAGAGGAGGGGAGCUGCCUUAGCAUUCAAGAAAUGGGUUGGCUUGUCUUGAUUCUUGAAACUCUAAAGGAAGAACCUUUUGCAAUCAGGGAUAGAUAUAAGCGAAUAGUAAGGUCAUAAUGAUGUAUAACUACCAUAAUUAUUAGGUUUUAUCAAAAGGGUCAGUUUUGUUUUAGUUCUCAAGAGUUUUAUGAUGAUGAUAAUGAUGAUGGGGCCAACCCGAAAGAGAAAUUAGGUGGCAGGUGGUUUCCUAAUUGGC